GCAAGUUGUUGCAACCAAAGCGUGCAUCAAGCGCCGGGUAGCUCCAAGAUCUUGGCAAUGUUGCCCACAGUCAUGCUGCGUUACUUUAAGCUGAUGCUUCUGUGUCUUCUGAGGGAAGGGUCUGUAUUCGGGUCAAGGACGGAGGUUGUCACAGAAUUAGCCAACGAGACAGAGAUCCACGCCGAUCCUCAACCUGCACUGUGUGCUGAGAAAACAGCACUGUGGCACGGCGAGUGUGUUGACUGCAAGUCUCGACACCUGCUGUGCAGCACGAAAGGAAGCGUCGCGGCAGAUGCUCAGCCAGAGCCGGGGUAUGCCAAGUUAAGUGCAGGCGAUGCGAGAGCUUAUCGUUGCCUGCCUCCGGCCAAACGCUGCGAGCCUGAUCUCACCAAGCCAAAUGCAUCCAGCACCGGGCUGGGCUGCGCUAUUGGCUACACUGUCCCUUUGUGUGUCGCUUGCGAUGUGGAUUAUUUUGCCAGUGGCACUCAAUGCAAGCAUUGUGCGAAAGCAUCACAGUCUGCUGCAGUUCGCUGGGCGCCGGCUCUUCUGGCGAUGUUGCUGGUUUUUGCCGGGGCUGCCUACUAUUGUUGGAGGUCCCGCAUGGACAUCAAUGCGGACGUCAAUAGCCUAGAUGUGAAGCCGAAGCAGAGCGCUGCCGGAGUCCUGAGGCAGCUCAUUGUUCUACAAGCUCCGCUACUGUUGCAGCUGGUGCAGCUUUGGUCCCUGCUAGGAGGGCUAGAGCCAGAAGUUGUUGGCAAUAAAGAGCUCACAACGGCAACGUCCUGGAGGGGCCCAUGGGAGCUGGCUUAUGUCAAGACUUUGCUGUUGUCUGCCCAGGAUUUACAAGGCAUCGUCAAUAUCCAGUGCUAUGGAGAUGGCACUUUCAUACGGUCCAUGACGGCCAUCAUUUCACCAAUGAUUCCUUUGUUCCUGCUUCUGUGCUGUGCUGUUGUGGAGCUGUUCCGCCCCAGCAUUGGCGUUGCUCUUUCUUUGAAGCUUCUGUCACUGCUUUUCAUUGGGGGUGCCUCCAGCUGUUACCGACUGACUGCCUGCCAGUUUGUAGAUGGCGAGGAUCGCAAUCUUGAUACGCAGGCGUUCUACACCGUAUUUCCACACUUGAAAUGCUACAUGGGGACCGAAGAGGACGUGAAGCAGAAAGGCAUGAUCAGCACCGUGUUUUGGCUAACCGCAUUUGCUUACAACUUUCUAAUCCCUUGCUUCCUGCUUCGUGUCAUGGCCAGGCAGCAUGUCGCUCUGCAGGACACCCGGCUGUUUGUUGCUUGCUCGGCAUCAGAUAGAGGCAAUACCCAGAUCUUGCGGCUUCAGCCGCUGGGCAUUCUGCCACCGCUCGAGAAGGAUGACGGAGCAGAUCGGCAUUUGCUGGCAGCUGCCGUGGCCCACAUGGUUGUCUACAUGCAUGGUCCGGUGAAGGUGGAGCUGGUGCAGGAUGCAGUCCACGUGACGCCUCUGGAAGACGCGCAACCUGCAACGCUCGAAUCGCAUGACUUGGGGACUCUGCUGGCAUCGCGGCUGGUGCCCAAGCAUAAGUUGGAUGUGCAGCGUGCCAGGAACAUUCAGCAGAUGCUCAGCGAGCGCGGUGUGCUGGAGACCACCUCCGAUCCCCUCCUGAUAGGUGCCAAGACGCUCCUGUCCAAGUAUGCACUCGGCGGGAAAGUUUGGAUGGAGGUUGCCGUAAAGCUUGCCUCGGUGAAUUUGGCGGCUGUCAUCUCUGGCGACUUUGGGUUUCACCUGGCCGUCAUCUCCACACUAUGCAUGUCGGGAGUAAUUUUGGUGCUGUCUCCAUAUGCUUCCCCACAAUUGAACAUAUUACACAGCUUCUGCUUCCUUUGCCUAACUUUGGGAGCAGUGGGUUUUCUCACGCAGCAAGUCCUUCUGUCUCGAUUGGCCCUGGUUGCGCCCUUUGUGCUGUGCCUGUGCCAGGCUCGGCAGCCAGAUAGCUUAGAGUCAUUGGCGUUGCGCAUCUAUGAAGAGAUGGCCGGGAAGUUGGCUGAGCUUCGAGAUGGAAAGCCUCUACAAGCCAGCGUGGAAAUCUUGAAGUGCUAA